UUGCCAAUCAGGGGCAAAUGUAUAUAUAUAAACAUAUAAGAGGCAUAUCCUUGUGAAUGGACUAAUCCCACUUUUCUGGCUUCAGGUCUUUGGGCAGUUCUUCCUAGAACCAGAGUAACGAAGAGCAGGAAAAAAAUGGGCUGGCUGUUCUCUCUGACCUGGAUGAUGAUAGUAGUGGUGGAGACCCCUUGGCUCAUCACAGCUGUAGCUACAGACAUCUCAGAAGCAAGAAGAUGCUCUGAAUGUCACAGCAAUGCCACUUGCAUGGAGGAUGGUGUGGUCACGACGUGCUCCUGCCAGGAGGGCUUCACGGGCGACGGCCUCCUGUGUGAGGACCUGGACGAGUGUGCCGACCCUGGGGCGCACAACUGCUCCACCAACAGCAGCUGUCUGAACACCCCGGGUUCCUACACCUGUGUCUGCCCGGAUGGCUUCCGUCUGACGCCUGGGCUCGGCUGCACAGAUGUGGAUGAGUGUGUGGAGCCAGGACUCAGUCACUGCCACUCCUUGGCCUCCUGUGUCAAUGUAGAAGGCAGUUACUUAUGUGUGUGCCCCACAGGCUACCGGGGAGACGGAAUGCACUGUGAGUGCUCCCCGGGUUCCUGCGGGCAGGGGCUGGACUGCGUGCCCAAAGGCGACACGUACGUGUGCGCUGAUCCGUGCCAGGUGCACGGCACUCUGGACGAAUACUGGCGCAGUGCUGAGUAUGGGGGAGGCUAUGCCUGCGACACUGACCUGCGCGGCUGGUACCGCUUCAUAGGCCAGGGUGGUGUACGACUGGCGGAGACCUGCGUCCCAGUUCUCCGCUGCAGCACGGCCGCGCCCAUGUGGCUCAACGGCUCGCACCCGUCAAGUAACGAGGGCAUCGUGAACCGCACGGUCUGUGCCCACUGGAGUGGCCACUGCUGCCUGUGGAACACUUCUGUCCAGGUGAAGGCCUGUGCUGGCGGCUACUAUGUCUACAACCUGACACCGUCUCCCGAGUGCCACCUGGGGUACUGCACAGACCCCAGCUCUGUGGAGGGGACGUGUGAUGAAUGCAAUACAGAUGAGGACUGCAAAUCGGACAACGGCAGAUGGCGCUGCCAGUGUAAACAGGACCCCAAUGUCACAGAUAUCUCUCUCCUGGAGCGCAGGCUGGAGUGUGGGACCAAUAACAUCAAGGUGUCCCUGGGCAAAUGCCAGCUGAAGAGCCUGGGCUUCGAGAAGGUCUUCAUGUACCUGCGUGACAGCCGGUGCUCAGGUUUCAGUGAGAGGGACAAGCGGGACUGGGUGUCUGUAGUGACCCCGACUCGGGCUGGCCCCUGCGGGACAGUGAUGACGAGGAAUGAAACCCAUGCCAUCUAUAGCAACACCCUCUACCUGGCAGAUGAGAUCAUCAUCCGUGACCUCAACAUCAAAAUCGACUUUGCGUGCUCCUACCCUCUGGACAUGAAAGUCAGCCUGAAGACCUCCUUGCAGCCUAUGGUCAGUACCCUGAACAUCAGUGUGGGUGGGACAGGCAUGUUCACUGUGCGGAUGGCGCUUUUCCAGAGCCCUACCUACACACAACCCUACGAAGGCUCCUCUGUCACACUGACCACCGAGGCAUUUCUCUACGUGGGCACCAUGCUGGAUGGGGGCGACCUGUCCCGAUUUGCUCUGCUGAUGACCAACUGCUAUGCUACACCCAGUGGUAAUGCCACAGACCCCCUGAAGUACUUCAUCAUCCAGGACCGAUGUCCACGUACCGUUGACUCAACCAUCCAAGUGGUGGAGAAUGGGGAGUCCACACAGGGCCGAUUUUCCGUCCAGAUGUUCCGAUUUGCUGGAAACUAUGACCUGGUCUACUUGCACUGUGAAGUGUAUCUCUGUGACAUCAUGACAGAAAAGUGCAAGCCCACCUGCUCUGGGACCAGAUUCAGAAGUGGGGUCAGCAUAGACCAAUCCCGUGUCCUGAACUUGGGUCCCAUCACACGGAAGGGUACCCAGGCCACAGUCUCAAGGGCUUCUUCCAGCAGUUUGGGGCUCAUGAAGUUCUGGCUCCCUCUGCUUCUCUCAGCUGCCUUGACCCUUACUUUUGAGUGAUGGACGGUGGGAAACCUGUGCUCUGUGGCUACCAGCUCACUUCCUGCCAGCCGGGAGGGGCAAUGCAGACUAAUGUUCCAGCCAUGAAAAAAGGAGCUCACAUUUCAGCCAGCCUACUCUUGUCAUGUCCCCUGUAAUCUUCUCAAUGACAAACAGCUUGUGUAUUUAGAUGCCUCCUCUCAAAGUAGGCCUGGUGAUGCUGUGUCUGUACACGGGAUCUCUGUCUCCUUAAAGAGUGUGGCAAAAUAAUAAUUUAAAAAUCU